CUCGGCCCCCUCCUCCUCCUCCUCCUCCUUCUUCUUCUUCUUCUUCUUCUUCUUUUUCUUCUUUUUCUUCUCCUCCUCUUGCUCCCCCAGCUCGCCGUCCAGGGCCAUCACACCGCCUCCUCCUCCUCCCCCGCCCCCUCUCGCACCCCCCGCGAGCGGGCCACCGGGGCCACCGCCAGAGCAGGCAUGGGAGAUCGCACGCGGGCCGAGGGCGCGCUACUGGGAAUGCUGGCCUGGGUUCUUUUAAGACGGGUUCUGGCCACCAGCGACGGCAGCUUCAGCGACCCCCAUCAGCCCCGCCUCACUCCGGACUCGGGCUGCCGAGGAGGGGAGCUGCGAGCUCUGGGACGCGCCCAACUUGGAAAGCGCCUUGCUUGCCCAGCGCGCGCUACUUCUCGGGCGAGCACCCGGCGCUGGGGCACAUGCUGCUCCCGCCCCUGUGCGCCUGCGGCUCCCGGCUGUCCCUCCCCUGCGCCGCGCUCUCGCCUCGCUUUCCGCGGGAGCCUUCCAACCGGUCCUCGGCUGGGGAGAAGGACGAGAGCAGUGGGGAGAGCGAGUGUGUGGAGGGGGAAGUUAGGGCUUCCGCUUUCUCCCCCACUCCAGCGGCGGCGUUCAGUCCUCUGGGUGGAAUGUGUUCGCAGGAGCAGUGACAGCGGCCACAGCACGGGAGGCACCCGAGCCAUACACCCUGCAGCUGGAGAGGAGAGGAUGGUCGAGGUGGGAGAGACUAGAGUGAACCAGCAGGAGGAAGUCCUAGGGCCGCGAAGCUACGACGGAGGUCCGUCCUGGAAAAGCCUUCUCCUCCACCCUGGGCACUUUAAGCGGCGGUGGCGGCAAACGGCAGGAGGUUGCAGACCCGACAGCGAGCCUCCCUCUUUCCAGUCUUGCUCUGCCCUCCGGAGAUGACAACUGAGAAAGAAGUGUCCGGCCGGGCCAUUCCCUUCAGAGGGUGCUUGAUUCUCCAGAGACUGUCUUCAGCAUCAUCAAGAGUUCGUGUUACCUAAUGCUUCAGUGCUCCAUAUGUUGAAGACUCUUCUGAUGAGUCAGAUGACCUGAAUUUGAAUUCUUGUUUCACUCUCGAAGCACUGUGCCAGACACUGAGUGUUCAAUGUUCUUAUCAGUAAACUAGGUACCAUAAUAGCUCUUAGUUCUGCAGUUAUCAGUAUUAAAUUAGAUGCUCUAUAGAAAAUCUUCAUGUACAAUAUUUAUUGCACUGCAAAGACUUAAUAAAUGCUAGUUGUCCUUAAUUUGUUCAAACAGUUUUAGGAACUACAAGGUCACUUUAGCUUAUUAAGAAGUGGAUUUUAAGUUCAAAGUGUUAUUUACCUAAAUUCAUUAAAAGGUAAUCUCUGAUCAAUUUAAGACAAAAUAGAUUUUUAAAAAAAGCACCUAAAACCAACAAAACAACACUGCAUCAUUUUCUCUCAUCUGCUACCCAAAAUCUUUUCAGCUUUUAUUUUCAUUUUGUUCUGAUUUAUCAUUAUAAUACAAAUCAUAAAAAUAAUUCUUGUUAUUAUGUCUCUGUUAUCUUCAUUUUAUUUUUAUGUAAAUAAUGUUAUCUCUACCUUCUAUUUACUAACACUAUUUCUCUUAUUAAUCAAAAAGAGCCUUCAGAUCACAUUCAUUUCAGUGGAAAUUUAAUUUAAAAGGUAAGACACGUGGAUUAUGUAAAAUACUAAGCCACAAUGUGUACAUCUUUUACAUGAAAAUAGCCUUAAUUUCCCUGCUUGACUGAGAAAAGAAAUAAAAAGAAUGAUUGCUAUAAAUCAGGAAAAAUUCAUAACUUGCUGGAGGUAUAACAGCUGUUGAUUUAAGGUUUGCAUCUUCGAUAACACAAUGCUGCUGGGAAGAUAACAUCUUUUUGACAAAGCUGUGAGCAUAAAAAUUACAAGGCUUUACUCGACAUUUAAAUAUUUUCUCAAUAUCACUUAGAGAAAAAACAUUUUCUUUUAUUCACUUACACUAAAAUAUGUUUGAAGUUUACUGUAUCUCAUCAGCCAGCUUUACAAUAAAAUUUGGUGUUUUCUUGUUU